GUGGUGUACUGUUACACAUUUAUUUUAUACAGUGAGAACUAUAGAAUGUAUUUAAUGAACUCAGUUCUCUUUCUUCUUCUUCUCCAGUUUUGUGAUUGUUAGCUCUAUCAAAUCCACCGUUAGUGUUGGAUAAUGAAAGAAAUUAAGAUGUUUCUACUUUCUAAAGGUAGUUGAAUCAAUGUACAGCUUACAAGAUGUUGAAGCUCUAUUGAAAAUGUUAAAGAAUUCUCGACCAAGGCCAAGAUGCAAAACCUCAAUAAAACACCUCAACUCUUAUGCGAUAAAGCUUAGAGAAAAUGAGGAUUACUUAGAAGAUCCCAUCACAAGGUUUAAAUUCCUGAAGCUUUUAAAUUUCAAUAUUCAAAAAACUUGUGGACUUAUUAAUUCUAUUCAGCUAAAAAAGGCCGGGUAUAAUGCUGGUGAGAUGGGUAAGGUUGUGUUGACCCUGGUUAAUAUGAUGGAAGCCUACAACCUAUCCCUUCAUCAACUUACUGAACCAGUUCUUCAGGAGGAUUGUAUUCUUAUUGCAGGGUUCAUAGAUACCAUAGAUUUACCACAGAGUAUGAAGUUAAAAUAUAUGAAUAUGUUUCUGGAAAAUAUUGAAGAAGCUGACUUUAGCUCAGAAAAGUUGGAAAAUCAUUUUGAAGAAGUUUCAGACUCGCUGUUGGAUAUUCAAAAUGAAGUUGAUUUUCAAAGGAUUUGUAUUUCACACAAGGAAACUCAAGGCACUAAAAGUUGCAGAAUUGAAAGAGGAUUUUAUGAAAACCUACACAUUGAAGUCCUCUCAGAAAAUCCACGGGUUAUGCUUUAUCACAAAUUUCUCACUGAUUUUGAGCUUAAACUUGCCAGAAUGGAAGUGAACAAAAACAAAUUUAAAAAGGGGAGUGUCAUGACAGAAGGGGAUGAUGAAAAUGUUGAUUUCAGAGAUCAUAUAGAAGAAAUGGAGGAUAGUACAUUUUUUGAUAAUGUUCACCUGAGAAUAGACCGAGCGACGGGACUUACUUCGGGAUCUUUAAAAAUGGAAAUUUAUAAAUACAGAUUGGGUGGAUCACACUCUCCACAUACGGACUUCUAUGAUGAGAACCAUAUUGAAGAACAUGAAACUGAAGGAAAUAGAAUUGCCAUCGCAAUGAUUUUUUUGAGAGCAACAAAAAGAGGAGGCGGAUUUGCAAUGCCCAGGCUAAAUAUAUAUGUUGAGCCAAUACCUGGAAGUCUUUUAGUUUGGUAUAAUGUAGAUAACUAUGGAAGAAACGAUGAGGACACAGUGCAUGGUGGUUGCCCUGUAUACCAGGGUACUAAAAUGAUUGCUAUUACCGAGUACAAUGCACUCCUACAGAAAGAUGUUUGUCCAAAAAUCUAUUAAAGAAUACAAAAUGCAAUAAAAUUGUUUUUGUCUCUUACUUAACAUCUUUGUUGCUUAUGGUCCAUGAUCUGGCAUGGGUGUACUGUAUAUUCUCUGUAUAUUCCUCUGUUUUCAUAUAAUGUAUCAUUAUAUAAUUUAUUGUUUGAAAUAUACAUAUAAUUAUA